GGGCAGUUCAAACAAUAAACCCCACAUCUUGAUGGGGAGUCACAUGGUUUUGGAAGAGCAUACAGGACAGAAGUUUUGUAGCAACUUCAGGAAAAUAUAGUCUGCUACAUUAACACAAGUCAUUGGUGCUUGAGUUUGGGAGAUUCUGGUGCCAAAGACCAAAAUUUCUUCUUCUAUACUUUGAAACUCAUUUUCAGUCAUCCAACCCCCAGGAUCUAGGCCCAUUUCUGGAUAUGGGCCGAAGUAAGAGGAAAGAUGUCAGCCUUCCACAGCUCCCAAAUGAGGAGAAGGAUCGUGAGCUGGAAAUUAGAAACAUCUAUACUAAUCGAAUACAUAAAAAUUUACAUGACAAAGACGAGUAUCCAAAAGUUUCUUCAACAAAAUCAGUACAAGCAGACAGAAAAAGUUUGUUAUUUAUAAGUAUGAGACACCAGGGAACCCAGAAAUCAGAAGAUGUUCUAUCUUUGACAACCAAGGGUAAACAGGCAACAGGUAGCAUUGCUCAUAAAGAAAAAACAACUGAAAUUAACCAUGAAAUUCCUCGCUAUGUCAGUAAACCACCACAGGAAGAGGAUGUUAAGAGAAAAUAUGAAGAUUUAUCAAAAAAAGAACAUUCAGAAGUACAAGCACCUCUGGAAAAUAUUGGAAGACAAAAAGAGAAAAAGGAAGGUCAAGAAAAGAAAACGAUUUUAAUGAAAAAAGAACAAGAAUUACCACCAAAAACAAUUCAAAUAAUUCAAAUAAUUCAUCCUGAAAAAGAAAGCAAUCAGGAAGAUGAUAUAUUAGAAGAAAAUAUUCAAGGUGUACAAAUAAAUGACAUGGAUGAGAUGCCUAAUAAAUAUAGUGUUCCAAAUGCUAAAAUACCUGUAAGACAAAGAAAGCAUUAUUCAUUCACAGAAACUAUUGAGAACUUGCAUCAUGGGCUUCCCACUUCAGGCGGGCCAGCUAAUACAAGCAGCACACGAUGCCAUCGUAGUACAAGCAAACAUCACAGCAAUGGAGAAGAAAUGAAGCUAGAACAUUCUGUUAGUGUGUAUGAACCUUCUUUUGGUAAGUCUUCCAAAACAAAAGUGAAAGAUACAACUUUCAGAGAGAAAAAGAGCAGUCUAAUGGAAGAACUCUUUGGAUCGGGAUAUGUCUUUAAAAAUGACGAAACAAGUCCUGUUUUUAUAAAAGGAUCUGAGGAAACUUUGAAAAGUAAGAAGUUGCCUCAUCUACCACCUAGUCAGGCCUCCGCCAGCAAUGCUUUUGGAGAUUCUAAAGUAACUGUGGUAAAUUCUAUUAAGUCAUCUUCACCUACAGAAGGAAAAAGAAAAAUAAUUAUUUAAAUAUAACUGAUAUCCUAAUACAUUCUGGUUUGAUGAACUACUUAUAUCCCCCUUUUUAAAUUUUAAUGUGUGAAGAAAGUAUAUGCCUAUGUGUGUCUGUGUUUUAGUAUUUAAGCUGACGUUAGAUAAUUAAGAUUUUUGUCUUAUUGCUAAUACAAUUUUUUUUUAAUUGCAUAUUAG